UUCUCACCGCUCCGAAACCGCCGCUCACCUGUGGACUGGCUGCUUCUACUCCACUCCCUUGAUUCUCUCUCUCCUCUCUCUCUCUCCCCCUGCGCGGGGGGCGGAGGGGGUCGAGGAAGCGCGCGCACUCUUCCUUCGCCACGUUUGUCGCGGUGGCGGCGGCGGCGGCUGGGGGGCGCGGCGCCGAUCGCCCGCGGCGGCGGAGAUGUUGGAGGACCAGGUCGCCUUCCUGCUGCAGAAGUACCUCGGCAACUAUGUCCGGGGGCUCAGCAAGGAGGCGCUUAAGAUUAGCGUCUGGAGAGGUGAUGUAGAGCUCACAAACAUGCAGUUAAAGCCUGAGGCGCUCAAUUCAUUGAAGUUACCUGUGAGAGUGAAGGCUGGUUUUCUUGGUUCAGUGAAGCUCAAGGUCCCAUGGAGCAGGCUUGGUCAAGAGCCAGUUUUGGUUUAUCUUGAUCGAAUAUUUAUAUUAGCUGAACCAGCAACACAAGUUGAAGGUUGCAGUGAGGACGCUGUUCAAGAGGCAAAAAGAAGUAGAGUCAGGGAAAUGGAAAUCAAGUUACUGGAGAGCCAACAGCAGAUGAAAUCUGAACUGAACUCAUCAUGGCUUGGGUCUUUCAUUAGCACUGUAAUCGGAAAUAUUAAGCUGUUCAUCGGCAAUAUUCAUAUCAGAUACGAGGACACCGAGAGCAAUCCAGGCCACCCUUUCGCAGCAGGUUUGGUACUUUCAAAGCUUUCAGCAGUUACUGUGGAUGAUCUUGGAAAGGAGACUUUUGCCACUGGUGGGGAUUUGGACAGAGUUAAAAAGUCAGUCGAACUUGAGGGCCUGGCACUGUAUUUCGAUUCUGACAGCAGUCCUUGGAGCAUACAUAAGUCCUGGGAAGAUCUACUACCUUCAGAAUGGAGUCAGAUAUUUGAAUUCAGAAAGCAGGAUAGUUCUAGUCCUCCUUCAAAAACACACACUUACAUUUUACGACCUAUCUCUGGCAAAGCAAAAUACACGAAGGUACAACUUGAUGCAGCAAAGAAAACAGGACAGGCUUUGCAAAAUGCAGUUGUUGAUUUGGAUGACGUUACUUUAUCUUUGUCUAAGGAUGGCUACAGGGAUGUCUUGAAGAUGGCUGAUAAUUUUUCUUCUUUUAAUCAACGGCUCAAAUAUGCUCACUACCGGCCAUCUUUACCAGUCAAAUCUGACCCAAGGUCUUGGUGGAAGUAUGCAUACAAGGUGGUGAUUAAUGAAACGAAGAAAGCAAGUGGAAAUCUAUCAUGGGAGCAACUACUGAAAUAUGCAAGACUUAGGAAGAAAUAUGUAUCUUCAUAUGCGUCCUUAUUGAAAUCUGAUAUGAGCCGGUUGGUGGUUGAUGAUGGCGAGGAGAUAAAGAGACUUGACCGUGAACUAGAUAUGGAAGUCAUCUUACAAUGGAGGAUGUUGGCUCACAAGUUUGUAGAGCAGUCCGCAGAAAAACAUCAAUAUGCUCAACAAAAUAAGCAGUCUUGGUGGUCAUUUGGAUGGACUGGCUCAUCAAAGGAUGAGGGAGAUUCUAAGAGUUUUAGUGAUGAAGAUUGGGAAAGAUUGAAUAGGAUUAUUGGCUACAAAGAAAAUACUGAUUAUAUUCCUGCUCAACAGGAUAUGAAAUUGAUGCAGUUCUAUUUUGAAAUACGCAUGAAGCAUAAUGCUUCGAAGCUUAUUAUCGAUAGCUCGGAGUGUCUUGCUGAUCUGUCAUGUGAAAAUUUCUGUUGCAACUUGAAAAUGUAUCCAGAAGCAAAAAUUUUUGACCUGAAGCUUGGUUCCUACAAGCUUUUAUCUCCUUAUGGUCUGCUUGCUGAGAGCGCAAGCGAUGCUGAUUCUCUUGUUGGCUUUUUUUCCUACAAACCUUUCGAUGAGCAAUUGGACUGGAGUUUUACGGCUAAAGCUUCUCCUUGUUACAUAACUUACUUAAAAGAUUCCAUUGAUCAAAUCAUUGAAUUCUUCAAGAGUAGCCCUACCAUUAGCCAGACUCUAGCAAUAGAGACUGCUGCUGCCGUACAGAUGACAUUAGAUGAAGUGAAACGUACUGCCCAACAGCAAAUGACGAGGGUUCUAAAAGACCAGUCCAGAUUUUCACUAAAUCUGGAUAUUGCUGCCCCAAAAAUUACUGUUCCAACCAAGUUCUGCCCAGAUGACUUGCAUGAGACCAAGCUUUUGCUUGACCUUGGAAAUUUAAUUCUUCGGACAGAGGAGAUAUGGGAUUCCUGUGCUUCAGAAGAGCAGGAUUUGUAUCUGAAUUUCAAUCUAGUGCUAAGUGAUGUUUCUGCAUUUCUAGUAGACGGUGAUUACCAUUGGAAUGAGACACUCCCUGAAGUCAAUUUGAUGCCAGUUAUUGACAAGUGUGGAAUUGCUUUAAAGCUUCAGCAGAUCCAGUUAGAAAGUCCACUCUACCCUUCUACAAGAAUGGCAGUACGGGUUCCGUCCCUGGGAUUUCAUUUCUCUCCAGCACGCUAUCAUCGAUUAAUGCAAAUCUUAAAGAUUUUUCAAGAUAAUGAUAGCGAGAAAAACAGUUCAGAUCUUGCACAUUUGUGGGAUCAGGCUGACUUUGAGGGAUGGUCGUCUCUUCUCACGUGGAAGGGUGUUGGAAACAGAGAAGCCACUUGGCAACGUAGGUACCUGCGCUUGGUGGGGCCAUUUCUAUAUGUAUUUGAUAAUCCAGCAUCUACAACAUACAAGCAAUGGUCCAGUUUACGUAAUAAACAAGUCCAUCAGGUCCCUACGGAGCUUACAAGUGGUGUGCAGAAUAUCCUGGCACUUCACGAUUCUGGUCAAGUUAAUCCCAAGAUUCUUGAAGACACUGGUGCUUUGAUUCUGUUGUUUGAUAACGAGGAAACACGGAAGACAUGGCAGAGCCGCUUACAGGGCGCUAUAUACCGUGCAUCGGGUUCUGCUGCAAUAUCUAGCUUUCCCGAAGUUUCAUUGCCAUCAGAGGUCCAUUCCUUCAAGGGAAAUUUUCCAGAUGUUGUUAACAUUGAAAAAUUGUUCGUUGCUGGCAUUCUUGAUGAGCUAAAGAUCUGUUUCUCAUGUGGCUAUGAGAGCAACCACAAACUAAAAAAAGUUCUGCUAGCUAAGGAGAGCAGCUUGUUUGAAUUUCGGGCAGUUGGUGGCCAGGUUGAACUCUCGAUGAAGGGUGGGAACCUACUGAUUGGUACUAUCUUGCGAUCUUUGGAGAUUGAAGACCAGUAUUACUACCCUGGGAGUCCUGUACCAAGGUAUUUGGCGAGGUCCUUUAUCAAUAGCACGCAGACCAAAGAAGUUCCAACUCCUAGUCAGAAGAAUAGUGCAGGACCUAAAGGUACUUCACUGAAGAAAAGUGAAAGCGAGGAAAGGUUUUUUGAAGCUUCAGAUGAUUUUGAUGAAUUUGAAACACCUAUGCUACAUGAGAGGAGUAUAUCAGAUUAUUUCAGUACACAGAACUUUUUGCCUACUAACCUCCCUUCCUUACAGCCUCCUGCAUUUAGUCGAAUUCCUGGUUUGAUGCCAGAUAGUGAACUUCAAUCUGCUGGAUUCACUUCAGGUGGCAUUACUUUUGAUAGUUUUGUGAAAGCUCAGAUGGUGAUUUAUGAUCAGCAAUCCCCUCAAUACAACAACUUGGAUAAUAGGGUUGUUCUAACUGUCGCUACUCUGACCUUUUUCUGUCAUCGGCCAACAGUUAUUGCAAUAAUGGAAUUUAUGAAUGCCAUCAACCUUGCAAAUGUCCCUGAUGCUAAUAAAAAUAAAGACACAACAUUGAAUCCUAUAGAAGAUAAUAUUGUUGAGGAACCUAAGUCUGAUCUGGAACCAGAACCAGUCAUAAAAAGAUUACUAGCUAAAGGUAAAAGCAGAACAGUUUUUCAUCUAACAUCAAGCAUGGCAGAGGCACAGAUAUUAUUAAUGAACGAAAAGGGUGAUCGGCUUGCUACUUUAUCACAAAAUAACCUCUCAACUGAUAUAAAGGUGUUCACAUCGUCAUUCAGUAUAAAGGCUGCACUUGGAAACCUUAAAAUAAGUGAUGACAGUCUUCGUAGCAAUCAUCCCUACUUCUGGGUUUGUGAUAUGCGAAAUCCAGGAGGAAGUUCUUUUGUGGAGAUUGACUUUAGUUCGUACAAUGUUGAUGACGAAGACUAUAGUGGGUACGACUAUAGUCUCUCAGCACAGCUUUCAGAAGUUAGAAUUGUUUAUCUCAAUCGUUUUGUUCAAGAGAUUAUCAGUUAUUUCAUGGGACUUGUGCCCAAGAGUUCUGAUGGUGUUGUAAAGCUAAAGGACGAUGUAACUAACUCAGAGAAAUGGGUUAGCAAAACUGAUAUGGAAGGAUCACCUGCUCUCAAAUUGGAUGUUUCUUUCAGUAGGCCUAUAAUUGUUAUGCCUCGUGAAACUAAAUCUAAAGAUUUUUUGGAGCUUGAUGUUCUAUACAUAAAAAUUCAAAAUGAAUUCCAAUGGAUAGGUGGGAAUAAGAAUGAGAUGAGCGCUGUUCAUUUAGAAAUUUUAACGGUUACGGUAAAGGACAUCAAUCUAACUAUAGGUAUGAAUAUGGUGUGUGGCGAAACUAUAAUUCAAGAUGUGGAAGGUCUCUCCUUUGAGAUCCAUAGAUCACUACGUGACCUGAUGCAUCAGUUACCAGUGGUGGAGGCCGCAAUUAAGGUGGAUGUUCUGAAAGCAGCUUUAUCCAACCGAGAAUAUGAAAUUAUAUCUGAAUGUGCAUUGUCAAACUUCUCUGAGACACCACAAGUUGUGCCUGCUCUUGAUGAUCCUCGAUAUGGACCUUCUACAGCUGAAUCUCACGUAUCUUCAUCUUCUGUUUCAUCUGAAAGUAUUCAAGAUCUGUCUCAAGAUGCGGAGACAUGGAUAACUAAUAAAUUGUCUGUUUCAAUAAAUCUGGUUGAGCUUUCUCUGCAUUCAGGAUCGACAAGGGACUCUCCUAUUGCUAGUGUGCAGGCAAGUGGUGCAUGGCUUCUCUAUAAAUCAAACACAAGGGAAGAGAGCUUCCUUUUUGCUACUCUUAAAGGCUUUUCUGUUUUUGAUGACCGUGAAGGAACCAAAGAUGAGUUAAGGCUUGCCAUUGGGAAAUCAGCAACAGUUAGAGACACAUCAUCUGCUGAUGGUUAUAAUAAUGCCAAUGAACUUGAUUCAGGUGAACGGAGAAUCCAGAAAGAUCUUGGCCUUGAGCCGAUCCCCUCAAUGCUCAUUCUUGAUGCCAUCUUGCGGAAAUCUUCGUCAACUGUGUCUCUCUGUGUCCAGCGUCCCAAGUUUCUUGUGGCACUUGAUUUCUUACUAGCAAUUGUUGAGUUCUUUGUUCCAUCUGCUCGUAGUCUCUUAUCCAACGAUGAAGAUAAGGACCUUUUGCAUAUGACUUCCCCACUGGUAUUUAGUGAUCAGGUUUAUUAUCAGGAGUGUUCAACCCUGAGUCUUUCAUCUCAGAAACCCCUGAUUGUCGAUAGUGAAAAGUUCGACCACUAUGUAUACGAUGGAAAAGGUGGCAAACUAUAUUUGCGGGACGGGGAGGGGAAAAUUUUGUCAGGCCCUAGCUCUGAAAAAUUCAUUCAUGUUCUCUGUGGUAAGGGGUUGCAAUUUCGGAAUGUCACGAUAGUGAAUGGUGAGUAUCUGGACUCAUGUAUAUACCUUGGCAGUGACUGCUGGUAUUCAGCAUCAGAAAAUGACCAUGUCUACCUAGCAAGAGAAAAUGAUGGACUUCUAUCUACUACUAGUGAGGAAAUUAAAGAAGAUGUUGUGAAAAAUACAAGUGUCAAUAGAUCAACAGAAUUCAUAAUUGAAGUACAGGCUAUUGGACCAGAGCUUACUUUCUACAGCACAUCAAGAAGUGCUGGUGAAAAUUUAGCACUAUCAACUAAGGUUAUUCAUGCCCGUACAGAUGCAUUUUGCAGGCUUAUAAUGAAGGGUGACAGUAUGGAGAUGAGUGGAAACAUACUUGGUUUAAAGAUGGAGAGUAAUGGUAUCAGGGUUAUAGAACCAUUUGACAUGUCUAUGAAAUAUUCAAACGCAUCCGGGAAGACCAAUUUGCAUCUGUUGGUUUCUGAAAUUUAUAUGAACUUCUCCUUCAGUAUCCUGAGGCUAUUUUUAGCUGUUGAGGAAGAAAUUUCAGCUUUUCUUAGGAUGUCAUCCAAGAAAAUGUCACUGGUGUGUUCUCAGUUUGAUAAAGUCGCAACUACACAGGGCAAUGCGAGUGAUCAAGUAUACUCUUUUUGGCGACCACGUGCUCCAUCUGGAUAUGCCAUUUUUGGCGAUUUCCUCACACCAAUGAAUGGCUCUCCUACUAAAGGAGUUCUUGCUUUGAAUACAAACAUUGUAAGGGUCAAAAGGCCUUUGUCAUACAAGCUAGUUUGGCGAUCUGGCUCUCCAAGAACAAAUGAACUUCAGCACAGUGAGAAAGAUGUGAAGAGCACACCCCCUAAUGUUGACCAGUUCUGCUCAAUCUGGUUACCUAUAGCACCUGUGGGCUAUGUUGCAAUGGGUUGUGUUGCUUCAAUUGGAACUACAGAACCACCUUUAUCUUCAGUUUUUUGUUUAUCAGCUUCCUUGGUUUCUUCGUGUGGCCUAAGGGACUGCAUUCCACUGAGGGGUAAUGCCAACAUGACAUUCUGGCGGGUUGAUAAUGCUUUUGGUUCCUUUUUACCGGGAGACCCUGUACAUAUGUGCAUGGAUGGAAAUGCAUAUGAUCUUCGCCAUAUGCUGUUCAACAAUGCGGAUUCUUCCAAGACUAGCUCUAUAGGGCAACACAGUCACAAUGAUGCUUCUCAGAUACAGAGAUCAGCAUUGAACUCAGGUCGGCUAUUUGAGACAGUAGCAAGUUUUAAACUAAUAUGGUCAAACAAUGGCUCGUCUUCACCAAAAAAGCUAUCCAUAUGGCGUCCAAUGUUGUCUGAAGGAAUGUUUUGCUUUGGUGACAUUGCUGUUAAUGGGUAUGAACCACCGAAUUCAGCUGUCGUACUUCGAAAUUUUGGUGAUGAUACCUUUCUCAGAGCUCCUGAAGGCUAUCAACUUGUCGGUCGGAUUAAGAAGCACAGGGGCACUGAGGGUGUAUCAUUUUGGUUUCCUCAAGCUCCACCGGGUUUUGUUGCUUUAGGAUGUGUUGCAUCCAAAAGUUCAUCAAUGAAAGAAGACUUAUAUUUCUUAAGAUGUAUUAGAAGUGACAUGGUGAAGGGAGGUCAAUUUUCUGAGGAAAGUGUGUGGGAUUCAUCUGGAGCUAGAACAUCUGAACGUUUUAGCUUAUGGACUGUUGAUAAUGAUGCUGGUACAUUUCUUGUUAGAAGUGGAUUUAGAAGACCCCCAAGAAGACUUGCUCUGAAGCUUGCUGGUCCACCUACAUCGAGCAGUUCAGAUAGCAUAAUUAUUGAUGCUGAAAUCAAAUCAUUUUCUGCGGUUUCAUUUGAUGAUUAUGGAGGAAUGAUGGUACCGUUAUUUGGAAUGUCAUUUGAUAGUGUUGGGUUUAGUUAUCAUGGGGGUCCUCAACAUCUAAAUGCUACUGUGGGUUUGUCGUUUGUGGCAAGAUCUUAUAAUGACAAGUAUAGUUCAUGGGAGCCCUUCAUUGAACCAACAGAUGGCUUUCUUAGGUACCAAUAUGACAUGAACACACCAGGUUCUCCUGGUCAACUUCGUAUUGCCUCAACACGAGAUUUGAAUUUGAACAUAUCAGUUUCCAAUAUAAACAUGCUAUCACAAGCUUAUGCUAGCUGGAACAAUAUUAGCCUUGGCAAUGAAUUAUACAGGAAGGAUACGUCUUCUACGAGCGAAAAGUCGAUUCUUGAUGUACAUGAAAGGAGGAGUUAUUAUGUUAUCCCACAAAACAAACUUGGCCUGGACGUGUACAUUAGAACCACUGAAUAUAGGAGUUCAGAUGUUACACGUCUGUCAUCUGGGGAUGAUAAGUCUAUAAAAGUUCCCGCUUCAAGGGAUCUUCUGGAUUCUCAUUUGAAGGGGAGGUCUGUUAGGUUAUAUCGCUUGAUGGUAACUGCUAUUCUUGCUGAUGCUGAGAUUAAGGUUGGUGAAGGAUUAGCCACUGGUGAAUAUUUGGCAGCAGUACGGAUCUAUUCAGAAGAUCGUAUUGUAUCCGGUGUUCAGCAACAAAGUGCUCGUACUUGUGCUGCUGCUGGAGAACAGUCUUCGCAAAGCAUAAAAAAAGUGGAAUGGAAUGAAAUGUUCUUCUUUAAAAUUGAAAGCGAGGAUAAUUAUAUUCUGGAAUUCGUUGUCCUUGAUGCUGGUGGAGGCCAACCGGUUGGUAUUUACUCUACUCCAUUGAAGCAAGUGGUGCAGAAGCUCCCUUCUACCUCUAGUUCCAACUGUCCCAAAUUUGAUUUGACUUUAGGAGAUCUUUCUUCAACCAAAACAGUGGAACAUGAAAGUGUUAAAUCUAGUGGGAAAAUAAGGUUUGCAGUUCUUAUUUCUGGUAGAGCUAAUGCACCACGGGGGAGCAGAGCAAGUCAGGCCACAAGCAAAGCUGGAUACAUUCAAAUUAGUCCAUCCAAAGAAGGGCCUUGGACAAAUAUGAAGCUAAAUUAUGCUGUACCAGCAGCAUGUUGGAGGUUUGGCAAUUGUGUAAUUGCGAGUGAAGCUACAGUCAAAGAGGGCAACAGAUAUGUUAGCAUACGUUCCCUUGUAUCAGUUACUAAUACUACCGAUUUUAUUAUCGAUUUGCGUCUAAAAGGACAAUAUUCUCGAAGUUCUCAAUCAGAUGGACAUGGCGAGAGUUCUACUAACGAUGAUCAAAUUUCUAUUGGACUUCUAGAGCCUGGUUCUACUGUUCCAAUCCCACUGUCGGGUAUCUCGAAUCCUGUUGUGCUUUACAUGCUGCAACUAAGACCAGCAAAUCACCAUGAGCUAGUGCAGUACUCUUGGAGUGAUGUCCAGGAGAAACACAGCCAAACUGAGUACCGCAAUGAGGAGAUCCUAGACAUAUGUGUAUCUGAUCUGUAUGAAUCAGAAAACUUACUGUUUUGUGCGCAAACAGAUGGCACUUCCAGUGCUUUUCAAGGGCUAUGGUUUUGCUUAAGUAUAGAAGCCAAGGAAAUAGGCAAAGAUGUUCACACCGAUCCAAUAUAUGACUGGAGUAUCAUUAUCAAAUCACCAUUGUCUUUAGCAUACUAUCUUCCCAUUUCUGCACAUUAUAUUCUUAGUGUGAGCCACCUUGAUGAGGAAGAUUCAAGUUGUUCUCAGGGUACCUUAAAUCCUGGCGAGGUGGUUAAGGCCCAAAAUGUUGAUCCAAGGAAUCCUUUGUACUUGUCACUUGUUCCACAUGGGGGAUGGACAUCAACACAUGAACCUGUUCCUAUAUCACAUCCCACUGAAGUUCCAUCAAAAUUUAUCAAUUUAAGAAGUUCUCUAUCUGGAAGGAUUGUACAGAUUGUACUUGAACAAAGCAGUGAUAAGGACAAUUUGAUGGCAAAGUCUAUCAGAAUAUAUGUUCCCUAUUGGAUAUCUUUUGCAAGAUUGCCUCCGAUUAACUUGCAAUUCAUUGAUAUCUCUGGAAGAAAAGACAAGAGGCGCAUUCUUGCACGCCCUCGUUCGGAAAGGAACGAGAAAAUCAUGUAUGAAUUACAACAUGAAGAAUUGGUUGAAGGAUACACUAUAGCAUCUGGUUUGAACUUCAAAGGCUUAGGGCUCUCGGCAAGUGCCUGCAGACAUGGGAGUGGACAGUUUGGAUUGCUCAAAGAACUAUCACCUCUUAGUGACAUGGAUGGUGCUGUUGAUCUUUCUGCCUAUGAUGGCGAUGGAAAUUGCACACACAUUCUUCUUUGCUCAAAGCCAUCCUCAUAUCAGGCUGUUCCAACAAAGGUUAUCUAUGUACGCCCAUACAUAACAUUCACAAACAGGGUUGGACAAGAUCUUUACAUAAAACUUAGCAUUGGGGAUGAGCCAAAAGUCCUAUAUGCACAUGACUGGAGGGUUUCUUUUAUGUACUCGGAAGGAGAAACUGAAAAAUUGCAGGUCCGGCUUGUGGAUACUGACUGGUGUCAGCCUCUGGAUAUAGUAAAAGAAGACACCAUUGUUAUAGCAAUGAGAAAGCAGGAUGGUACUCAGAAAUUUAUAAAAGCUGAGAUACGUGGCUACGAAGAAGGUUCAAGAUUCUUGAUUGUAUUCCGUUUGGGGCCAUCAGAUGGACCAAUAAGGAUUGAGAACCGAACAAAUAAUACAGCUAUCGGUAUUCGCCAGUCUGGUUUAAGAGAGGAUUCUUGGAUCCAAGUCAAACCACUUUCAACCAGAAAAUAUUCUUGGGAUGAUCCAUAUGGACAUACAACUUUUGAUGUUAACAUCCAGCAAGGAGAUGUUACUUUGUUUCAAUGUGUUGACCUGGAAAACCCUGAUGAAAGUUCCACUGGUUUUAGAGAACAUCACCUCAAGCUCAGUAUAGUUGAGACCGCUGAUGUUAAGAUAUUGAAGUUUGUUGAUUACCCAAGAAGACAAGAGGGAGAAUACAGAUCUGAUCUGGGUGAUCAACAAGCCUCGCCAGUGAUGCAAAAUGAGACAGAUACAGGUGCUGCAUUAUUGGAACUUAUUGUUGAACUUGGAGUUGUUGGAGCCUCUUUGAUUGAUCAUAAGCCAAGAGAACUUUUGUACUUACAUCUGCAGAAGGUUUUCAUCUCAUACAUGACUGGUUAUGAUUCUGGUACCACUAGCAGGUUUAAGUUGAUUAUUGGCCAUAUGCAACUGGAUAAUCAAUUGCCAUUGUCAAUAAUGCCUGUUGCUUUUGCAACUGAGAGUAUACCUGAUCCCAACCAUCCUGUUUUUAAAGCAAACAUCGCUGUAAGCAAUGUAACUUCAAAUGGUAUUCAAGUCUACCCACAUGUCUAUAUCCGGGUAACUGAUCAAACAUGGAGGUUAAAUAUUCAUGAACCUAUCAUUUGGGCAUUGGUUGAUUUCUACAGCAAUCUUCGUUUUGUCAGCACUAACAGCAGCUCAACUGUAACAGAAGUGGAUCCUGAGAUACGGAUAGAGCUUGUUGAUAUAUCGGAGAUAAGGUUGAAAAUAUCUCUGGAAACUGCGCCUACUCAAAGACCACGUGGUGUCCUUGGCAUAUGGAGCCCUGUCCUAUCAGCUGUAGGCAAUGCACUUAAGAUUCAGGUGCAUCUGCGUAAGGUCAUGCACAAAAGGCGUUAUAUGCGGAAGAGCUCCAUCAUCCCUGCAAUCACUAACCGAAUUAAGAGAGAUCUGAUCCACAAUCCUCUGCACCUAAUUUUUUCAGUAGAUUUUUUUGGAGUGACAAAAUCAACUUUGUCAUCACUUAGUAAAGGGUUUGCAGAGCUCUCUACUGAUGGGCAGUUUCUUCAGCUGAGAUCGAAGCAGGUUUGGUCAAGGAGAAUCACUGGUGUUGGUGAUGGACUAGUUCAAGGAACUGAAGCAUUUGCUCAGGGUUUAGCUUUUGGGGUUUCUGGUGUUCUAAGAAAGCCAGUUGAGAGUGCCCGACAGUAUGGUGCAAUUGGCGUUGCACAUGGUCUUGGCCGUGCUUUUGUGGGGUUUAUUGUUCAACCCCUAAGUGGGGCCUUCGAUUUUUUCUCAUUGACAGUUGAUGGAAUUAGUGCCAGCUUUAUGAGAUGCGUGGAUAUUCUGAAUAACAAGCAUGUCCCUCAGAGGAUUAGAGAUCCUCGUGCUAUACACCGAGAUGGUAUAAUAAGAGAGUAUGACAAAGUACAAGCUGCGGGCCAGAUGGCCCUUUACCUAGCAGAGGCUAGCAGAUAUUUUGCAUGCACGGAUUUAUUUCGGGAACCUUCGAAGUAUGCAUGGUCUGAUUACUAUGAAGAUCAUUUUAUUGUGCAAAAUCAGAGGGUUGCUUUAGUAACUAACAAGCGAGUGAUACUGCUUCAGUGUGUGGAUCUAGACAAAAUGGACAAGAAGCCUUCAAAAAUACUUUGGGAUGUUCCUUGGGAAGAGGUACUUACAUUGGAGCUGGCAAAAGCUGGGUAUCAGAGGCCUUCACACGUCAUCAUACAUCUGAAAAACUUUAGGAGGUCCGAGAACUUUGUAAGGCUUAUAAAGUGCAAUGUUGAUGAGGAACAUGAACCUCAGGCUCUUCUACUUUGUUCUUCAAUACGGAAGAUGUGGAGAUCUCACCAGGCAGACAUGAAAGUUGUACGCUUGAAGGUUCCUUCAGGCCAGCGCGAGGUAUAUUUCGCAUCAGAUGAAGAUAUGAGGGAGUCCCACAGUUUUGCUAGGCCUUUGCUUAGCCCAAGGGGAGCAGUAAGUAAUGUUGAGGAACGACUUAUUAGUGAUACAGUUAACUUCCAGAAAAUUUGGAGCAGUGAACAGGAAAUCCGAAGCAGAUGUAAAUUACUUUCAAAGCAGGUUGCAGACGAUGGAAGGGUGUUUAGCAUCUGGAGACCUCAAUGCCCUACUGGGUAUGUUUCAAUUGGAGAUGUUGCUCAUGUUGGCACUCAUCCACCGCAUGUUGCUGCUCUGUACAAAAAUGUGGGUGGGAAUUUUGCGCUGCCUCUUGGUUAUGACCUGGUUUGGAGAAACUGUGCCGAGGACUACAGGAGUCCUGUAUCGAUUUGGCUUCCAAGGCCACCUGAACGAUAUGUAGCUCUUGGAUGCGUGGCUGUAAACGCUUUUGAUGAGCCCGCUCUUGACCAUGCUUUCUGUGUGAGUGAGAGAUUCGCAGAAGAUUCAGUGUUUGAGGAGCAAAUUGUAUGGGCUUCGUCAGAUGCCUACCCAUGGGGGUGCUAUGUUUACCAAGUUCAGAGCAGGUCACUGCAAUUCAUGGCGCUUCGGCGGCCAAAAGAGGAUUGUGAGCUGAAGCCUAAGAAGGUAUCAGAGUCUUAUGCCCAGCAAGCAUUGGAGAGGUUAUGAGAAGCAAACGUCACUUGUAUUAGUGUAUAAACAUGUAGAGUGAUGUACAUAACAUAGGUAUAUACAUGCGGGCAAGAGAAAAAAAAGUCGGGAACAGGAUUAGUGCAAGAUCUCUCGGAGGUGCGAGUUUCAGGUUUGCAUUGCACCCAUCUGUUAAUCCAUUACUCUGCUUCUAUCUUUCUUGUCACUUGUGUCAAAGGCUCAGUACAUCGAGCCUUCUACUAUACAGUUGGUCUUCUGGUAAGCAAGCUGAAAAGCUGUCGUGUAAAUUUUGUACAUGUAAAUUUUAUUGAGCCUUGCUCUGCAGCCUCUAGCUCAUCAGUCGCUGGGCUGCAAUUUCUGUUGCUGUAUCUGCAUAAUAUAGUCGUGGAGGG